AUGGGGGCACCCGAGACAUGGGUCAUCGUCGGUGCAUCUAGAGGCAUAGGCCUCGAAUUCGUACGGCAGCUGCUCGAACAAGGAAACCAGGUGAUUGCGGCAGUGCGGAACCCCGAGACGGCCAACGGUAUCUGGCAGCUCUCUGCGGGUGCGAAGCAAGAAGCGAGACCGGCGGCUUGUUUGAUUGAACAAUGCGAUGUCACUGACCCGAAAAGCAUUGAUGCAUUUGCAGACCGAAUGAAGAGCCUUGUAUCAAAAGGGAUGAAGAUUGAUAACAUUGUCUUGAAUGCCGGUAUUUUGAAAUAUCCCAAUGUGUCCUUUGACGACUUUGCCCUGCAUCUACACACCAACACCAUUGGGCCCAUCAUUGCCGCGCAGAAAUUGCUCAACAUCAGUGGUGACAGUCCUCCUUCUAAGGUGGUUUUCAUAUCCUCGGACUCUGGAUCCACCGCGGACUUCAGAGAGCAUGAAGAUGGGUUCGCGGCCUAUGGUGCGAGCAAGGCCGCGCUGAACCAGAUGCUCAGGCAUAUGGCUGCGGAGCUGAAAAGGAAAGGAGGGAAAUGGAAGAAUGUGUGUGUGCUCGCAAUGCAUCCGGGAGAAGUACAGACAGAUAUGGCCAAUAUCAAUGUCGAAUGGGAGGUAGAAGGAGUCAUCAAGCCUGAUGAGAGUGUCGAAAAGAUGUUAAAGGUCAUUGCUGAUAGGGAUAAGAGCCAGAGUGGCACUUUUUGGCGCUGGGAUGGUCGACAACACCCCUGGUGA